AUGAUCGUUAUUGGUGCUGAGGAAAGGGAGGGAGAGAGGCUGCAGCAGCAGCAGCAACAGCAGCAGCAACUGCAGCAGCAACAGCAGCAGCAACAGCAGCAGCAACAGCAGCAGCAACAGCAGCAGCAACAGCAGCAGCAACGGCAGCAGCAAGAGCAGCAGCAAAAGCAGCAGCAAGAGCAGGAGAAACUGCAGCAGCAACAGCAGCAGCAACUGCAGCAGCAACUGCAGCAGCAACUGCAGCAGCAAGAGAAGCAGCAACUGCAGAAUAUUGAGACAAAGAGCAACAGUGUGUGUUAG